ACGCGGGUGAAUCGAUUCGCUGUGGAAAUUCGCGCGGGCACCGCGAUUCUGGCUCAGGUGUUAAAAUUGCGGCAGACGCGAGCGGAGCACUCUGCUGUCGCUGUUGUCUCGGUCAGUUGUUCCUCUACAUUUCUUCUCAGCAUCACCACUUGCUUUACUUAUCUUUGAACCUUUUGGCGGUGAGCUUCGCAACAAAGAGUCUGCGCAUCUUUGAAAGGCAGCUCGGUGGGGGCGAGCAGGAGAUUUUCAUUCCUUAACAAUGGGCUCUACGGCGUCACGGUACAAGACUUUCGGCGGUGGCGGCGGUGGCAAUGACAGCUCGGGACCUCUCGCGUCCGGGAGCCCCAACGGGAACUUGGGGGUGCUGCCGUCUCGAGAUGAGGACAUCGGGGAGGGGACGGCUGUGGCGCCUGCUGACAUCUCGCAGUUCCCCUACGUAGAGUUCACGGGCAGAGACAGCGUGACGUGCCCCACUUGCCAGGGCACAGGACGUAUACCCAGAGAGCAAGAAAAUCAGCUGGUGGCACUGAUCCCAUACAGCGAUCAGCGGCUGAAGCCCCGAAGGACCAAGCUGUACGUGCUGCUGUCGGUCUUCUCCUGCCUGCUUGUGUCGGGGCUCAUCGUCUACUUCCUGUUUCCGCGCUCGGUGGACGUCACCAACGGAGGCAUCAAGUCGGCGCUGGUCACAUUCAACGCCAACACCAGCACGGUCUACAUAAACAUCACGAGCUCCCUGAACAUUACGAACAACAACUUCUACUCUGUGUACGUGAUGAACAUCACAUCGCAAGUGCAGCACCUCAAGACCGUCAUAGGCACGGCACGCUUCACCAAUGUCACCCACAUUGCCCCACUCAGCCAGAGCCAGAUCGACUUCACCAUCAAUACAGAGAUCAGCAAUGGUUUAUCUUACGUCUACUACUACUGCACCUUGCCAACAAUCAAGGUCCACAACAUAGUAGUGCUCAUACAGUCAACGGUGACGACUUCUUACGUGUGCCAUGCCGAGCAGGACUCCAUUGAGAGCUACGAGUACGUGGAUUGUGGCUCCAACACAACAUAUCACCACGGCCGCUUCGGUGUGGCCCCCGCUGGGGGCUCCGGCCAUCUCGUCUGAAAGCGCCUCCCCCACCCACCCACCGUAGGGUUAAGAUGCUGUGACGUAUUGCACAAUCCCUUCAGCAUAGGCAUCGUUACGGGAAGGUACGGCCAUUCCUGCAGCUUGUAGGGGCGGGGGGGGGGGCAUGCAUGAAGAGGUGCCGAGUUUCUUUUUAGGGCCAUGCGCAAACCUGAAAUGUGCCACAGCGAGAUUCUGUGGUGGAACGGAGCGUGCCAGUACGCCCAGAUGUGUCUUAACCAUGCGAGUGCAGUCUGGACGUUGUCCCGCAGAGCCAUCUGUAAGGGCUUGGAAUGACCCAAGUGUCUUUUCACUGUGUUUUGCAUGGAUGUGUUUGUCUCAUUCCUCCAUUUGUGCAUUAUUACUGCUGUGUUGGUGGGGUGAUAUUUUCCACUUAAUUUAUUUUGUUGCUCCGAAGAAAUUUUGCUUCAGCAGUGUGGAAGGCUAAGCAUUGUCCCAAUGUAUUGUAAGUAAAAUGAAGACACCCUUAGGAAUGGUUUACUCAUGUUUUGAGUGCGUUUGUGAGCAUAAUUAAUUUACUCUACACACUUCAUGUUAUCACCCCUCCCUAAAACCCUGUUUUGGACACCAAUAUUUUUCCUGCAUUGUAAAUCACAUCCUUACGCACACAUUAAUUUAGCAAGUCAGUGUUUUUGCAUUGUCCUAUUGUUGAACACGCUGUACAUGGUGUUUGCACAUUGUUACCGCUAUCGUUGUAAUGCUAAAUAAAUGUUUAGGAAGCAUUUUUAAAGAAUAAGUUAGGGUAAAAUUGAGAGUUGACAAUGCUGGAUUGGGGUAAUUCAACAUGCUUUGUUAUAUUUGUUGUAUAUUAGACAUUUAAUAAGUGUAGAGUAAACACGAUGUACAGUAUUACCAAACAUGUUGACAUUUUUAUUUCCAAUAAAUAAAAUGUACAUGUAAUGAUUACAAAUAUAACGUAAAUCGUAACUACUAUUGUUGGUAUGUCCAGAGAUUAGUGCCAAGAUGAGGCAAUGGAAAUUACACCAUUAUUUGAAUACACAGAAAAAAAUACACCAACUUGCACCCCCAAGUCUUGAUUCAAGAGCAGUGCCUAGUGGAUAUUAUUGGAAGUUACUAACUUCUUAACAUAACUUUUGUACUGUAAUUAAAAUAUAUACUUUUCGAACGAUAGCACACUAAUAGAGGUUUUUUUGGGUUAGGUCGCGUGAAUAUUAAUGUGUUUGUUUAACCUGCCACCACCCGACACAGCCAAUUAGUAAGGUUUGUCACGUAAACAUAACAUGCCGAUUUAUUACAACAUUUACAAUCCGAGUUCGAUGUUUUGCCAGUCUCGCCAGUAAUUAUAACUGGCAUCAGACGGCAGCCAAAUUUGGGUGCUUUUGUUUACGUGACAAACCUUACUAAUUGUCUGUCGGCUAGUGGCGGGUUUAACAACACAUUUAGGCGAUCUAGCCUAAAAAAAAAACCUGUGGAUGAUAUUGGUCACGAAAGCGUACGUGUUAUACUAUAGCAGCACACUGCUUUGUUGUAUAAAAAUAUAACAAUUAAAAGACAGCAGGACUUGGUGAAAAAUGUUCUUGGUAUCUUCUCUGUAUUUUAAUCCUUGUGAUCUUCAUUCGUUGGAUAACAUGAGAAACCUGUGGAACCUAGAACCUAUGCACCGUCGUUUGUAGUGAAUGCUUGUACCGUUGAUUUGCUGGAUGCUGCUGACUAGUUUAUUAAGCUAAGUAUAAAGCAUACAAAUACUUGUUCUCAA